AUGAUUCCAAUAAAACUUAUUGUUGGAUUUAUUUUAGCUACAAUCACAACUAUUGAGUGCCUUUUUACAUGUAAAGAUCAAAAUAAUAAUCCUGUUGAUUACUGGUUAGCUUAUAAAUUGCCAAAAAACAAAAAAGAUAAAACUACUCCUGGAGUAAGAGACGGUUAUGCAUAUUACUAUUUAGAUGCUAAAAAUCCAUCAUUUUCCGUUUCUAAGAAUCCUCUUAAUAGUGAAAACCAAGCAUUUGGUUACACUUUGAAUCAAUUUUAUAAAGAACCAAAUCGUUUUUCACUGGCUUAUUUUAUGUGGAAUGACGAUUUACCUAAGUCUGUUCAUGAAGCUAGAGAAUCUAAUCAUGUAGAAAAAGAUGAUGAUAAGAAAAAGAAUGAUGCUAAUAGUAAAAAAUAUGGGCAUACAAAAGGUGUUCUCUUUUCUGAUAAAAAAAGUGGUGUAUAUUUAAUUCACAGUGUUCCAAGAUUUCCAGAUCCAUUAAAUUAUACUUUUCCAGAAAGCGGACGUAUUUAUGCACAAUCUGCUAUUUGUAUAUCAUUUAAGUACACUGAACUAGAUAAAAUUGGACAACAACUUUUUUUUAAUCGCCCACAAAUAUAUGCUUCAAAUCUUCCAACAGCAAUUGCAUCUAAAAAUCCUUAUUUGGCAAAAGUCAUUGCAAGAGAGUAUCAAAAAGAUGAAAAAAUAAACAGUAAUAUUAUUACACUAAAAUCAUUUAAUAAUGUUAACUUUGUAUCAUUUGCAAAAACUGCUAAAUAUGGAAAAGAUCUUUAUAAUAAACUUGUUGCACCAAAUCUUAAAACAGGGUUAAUUGUAGAAACUUGGAGAAGAGGAAGUCCAGUUCCUUUAGAUUGUACUGCGCAAUAUUCUGUUUCUGAUGUUUUUGAAGUUUCUGUUGUUAAUAGUUCAUUCAAAUUUUCUAAUGACCAUUCAAAAAUUGCCUUUUCAAAUGAUCAAAGUGUUCCUUAUGUUUGUGUUGGAGAUAUUAAUAGAAUGACAACACAAUAUAUUCGUGGUGGUGGUACUAUUUGCCUUAAAAAUUAUUAUAUCUGGAAUCAAUAUUCCAAAACUCCUAAAGUAAUCGACGCAUGCAAGAAAAACAAAGAUACUAAAAAAUUGUAA